GCUUCCUUUUGGGGUGUCUUGGGGAACCCUGGGUUCUGGUUGCUCCCAUUUCAAGUCGAUGCCCACGUGCCAGUGGCUUCCAUGAAGUUCCAGACCUGGGCAACCACCUCCUGCUGCCUGAGUUCUGGACCCAGAGUGAAGGUCCACGCCCAGAAGUGUUAGCCCACCUGGAACGGAAUGUUACAGUGACUUUUUAAAUGAAGACUUUGAUGUAAAGACUUACACUUCCCAGUCUAUUCAUCAAGCUGUAAUUGCUGAACAACUAGCAAAACUUGCUCAAGGGAUCAGUCAGUUGGAUAAAGAACUACACCUCCAGGUUGUUGCAAGACAUGAAGACUUACUGGCACAAGCUACUGGGAUUGAGUCUUUGGAAGGUGUUCUUCAAAUGGUGCAGGCGAGAACUGGAGCUUUGCAGGGAGCUGUUGAUAGGAUGAAAGCAAAGAUUGUUGAGCCAUACAAUAAAAUAGUAGCCCGAACUGCUCAACUGGCAAGACUUCAGGUUGCCUGUGAUUUGCUUCGGAGAAUUAUUCGCAUCUUGUAUCUCAGUAAGAGACUCCAAGGACAGCUGCAGGGGGGAAGCAGAGAGAUAACGAAAGCUGCUCAGAGUCUCAAUGAACUUGAUUAUCUGUCUCAAGUAAUUGAUCUUUCGGGAAUAGAAGUAAUAGAAAAUGAUCUGCUUUUUAUUGCAAGAGCUCGACUUGAAGUGGAAAACCAAGCUAAGCGCCUACUGGAACAGGGUGUAGAGACACAGAAUCCAACUCAAGUCGGAACAGCUCUUCAGGUUUUCCACAAUCUUGGAACUUUGAAGGAUACAAUCACAAGUGUCAUGGAUGGAUACUGCGCUACUUUAGAAGAAAAUAUCAACAGUGCAUUAGACAUCAAAGUUUUGACUCAGCCUUCUCAGUCAGCUGUGAGAGGUGGUCCUGGACGAUCCACUAUGCCAGCUCCAGGAAACACUGCGGCCUUUCGUGCUUCCCUUUGGACCAACAUGGAGAAGCUUAUGGACCAUAUUUGUGCUGCCUGUGGACAGGUACAGCAUCUACAGAAAGUCCUAACUAAGAAGAGGGACCCUGUUUCUCACAUUUGCUUUAUUGAAGAAAUAGUUAAGGAUGGACAGCCUGAAAUUUUAUACACAUUUUGGAAUUCAGUGACUCAGGCACUUUCUUCUCAAUUUCAUGCAGCCACAAACUCUUCUAUGUUUUUGAAACAGGCCUUUGAAGGAGAAUACCCUAAACUAUUGCGUCUUUAUAAUGAUUUAUGGAAGCGUCUUCAACAAUACAGUCAGAAUAUUCAAGGAAAUUUUAAUGCAAGUGGAAAUGCUGACGUCUGUGUUGACCUCCAACACAUGGAAGAUGACAUGCAAGAUAUAUUCAUCCCAAAAAAGCCUGAUUAUGAUCCUGAAAAGGCUUUAAAAGACUCACUACAACCUUAUGAGGCUGCUUAUCUCUCAAAAUCCUUAUCGAGGCUCUUUGAUCCCAUCAACUUAGUUUUUCCCCCUGGUGGACAUAAUCCUCCCUCCUCUGAUGAACUGGACGGCAUCAUUAAAACUAUUGCAAGUGAACUGAAUGUAGCUGCUGUUGAUGCAAACCUCACAUUAGCUGUGUCAAAAAAUGUGGCAAAGACCAUCCAGUUGUAUGGUGUAAAAUCAGAGCAGCUUCUGUCUACACAAGGAGAUGCAAGUCAGGUGAUCGGGCCUCUUACUGAAGGACAAAAGAGAAAUGUGGCAGUAGUGAAUUCACUGUAUAAAUUGUACCAGUCAAUAACAAAGGUGGUGGCCAGUCAGAGCUCAUUCCCACCAGCAGCUGAGCAAACCAUAACUUCCGCCCUGAAGACAAUUCAUGGUCUCAUGGGGAACGCUGUGCAGCCCUUACUGACUUCGGUGGGAGACGCAAUAGAGGCCAUAAUCAUCACCAUGCAUCAAGAAGAUUUUUCUGGGUCAUUACCCAGCUCAGGAAAGCCCGAUGUUCCUUGUUCUCUGUACAUGAAGGAGCUACAAGGGUUCAUUGCCCGAGUCAUGAGUGACUACUUUAAGCACUUUGAAUGCUUGGAUUUUGUCUUUGACAACACUGAAGCUAUUGCCCAAAGAGCAAUUGAACUUUUUAUCCGUAAUGCCAGUCUUAUAAGACCUCUUGGUGAGGGUGGGAAACUUCGACUUGCUGCUGAUUUUGCCCAGAUGGAGUUGGCUGUGGGCCCAUUUUGCAGACGAGUAUCUGAUUUGGGAAAGUCCUAUCGAAUGCUGAGGUCAUUCAGACCACUACUCUUCCAGACAAGUGAUCAUGUGGCCAACAGUCCAGCCUUGGGAGAUAUCAUUCCAUUCAGCAUCAUUAUUCAGUUUCUGUUCACAAGAGCACCUGCUGAGCUGAAAUCCCCUUUCCAGAGGGCAGAGUGGUCCCAUGCACGCUUCUCCCAAUGGCUGGACGAUCAUCCCUCUGAAAAGGACAGGCUCCUCCUCCUCAGGGGAGCCCUGGAAGCUUAUGUCCAAUCAGUGAGAAGUAGAGAAGGCAAAGAAUUUGCACCAGUUUAUCCAGUCAUGGUGCAGCUCCUUCAGAAAGCCAUGUCUUCUCUUCAGUGACAUGAAAGAACUCGUCUGAUAAAGAGCAAUUAUUUAAAAUUGUAGUUUCCUUCAUCAUCUUUUUCUGUUUACUUCUACUUUAAAAUGUCAAAAUGGGUUCAUCAGCACAACCUUGAAAUUCUACAGACUUGAUUUUAUUCAGUAAAACAUCCUCCCUAUUCCUUCUGGAUCUUUUCAUUUUGAGGCAAGCUAAAAUUUUUCUUCAUUCACACACCAUGUCCCUAAUGUUUUUAAAGGGAUUGGAUCAAGUUACUCUGCUUUCUUUGACUUGCUUUUCUCUUUACUAGAUAGUCCCAUGAUUCCCAACUGGAUGCAAAUUCACAUCACCAGCCAAGUUUUUAAAAAUUCUGAUCCAUAAAUUCCACCUCUACUUAAUACACAUCUAGUAGAAGAAGUUGAAACAUGAUUAUUUUUAAGAAUAUAUCUCUAAAGUAAUACUAAUCUGCAGCAAGGUUGAAUGGCUAUGGUAGAACUCUAAGACAAUAGUGGUUAAUGUUCUCUAAAUGUCAUACUGUAUCUUUAAAUGAAGCAAGGGUUUCUUUAUGCUAACUAUAUCAUUUUAUUAGACACUGGGGGCUUUGGAACAAAGACAAGUUAAAAAUAAAAGUCUUCUGCAAAGCUUCUCUAUAAAUAGCAAUAGCAAUGUUAAUCUUUUAUAUUUCUAUUGUUUUUACUCCACUUUGUAUUUUUGUAAGUCCCACCAGAAACCACCUAAUUGUAAAAAUCAAAUCUUCAGUCAAGAAUUUACUUUGUUUUCCA